AUGAUAGAGCGGUUUGGUGCGGACUGGGGAUUUAAUGCUCGAGGGAUAUAUUACCGUCAUCACUUUUCACGAGCUUGGGUCACACCAGGUCAUGAUCUCUGGCUUCCUUCGGUUUGUGACGUGCAUUGGAGCCAUGCCAGCGAGGACAGUCGCCGUGCCAGAGCAGAAAAGUUUCUCAAACAUUCUCUAGACAACGAAAGAUUCAAGAAAAGCGAAUAUGCUUGGGAAGCCGAUGCCUGGCAAGAUGUCUUUGGUAGGAUGAGGGAUGACCCAUCGCUGGUAGUCGACAAACGCGAGUACAACACAAUCAAGGAAAAACGGCAUAAAGCGUCAUGUCUUCUAGAUGGGCAACCGAAAUUUAUCAGGAGAAUACCGGACGCCACUUUUGGCCUUGCGACUUUCCAACCCACAGACUAUCCAGACUAUCCCGAAUCUUUGGAUGCAUGGGAUUUGGAUCAUGACCGCCUCGAAGCACUCCUUCUUCAUCGACACUGUGGUCUUAUCGCCGACCCACAUUGGGGAGAUACAAACUUAGUUUUCCCGUUUGCGGUUUAUGAAGCGAAGGGAUGGAGUGGUGACCCUCGAGAAGCUCGUCAUCAAGCCAGUUCAGCAGGAGCUGUUUAUCUUGACAUGUUGGAUAACCUGGCGAGAAAACCAGGUAUAGCUGGCGGAAACAACAGACCAUACCAAACAGCACAGAGCUGCAAUCACCAGGUGUUUGUUCUCACGUCGUUUGGAGCUCAUUGGCAUAUCUUGGUGGGCUAUAAGCGACCACGUCUGGAGAAAGAAUAUGCCGGACACCGAGGACUCAGCGACUCUGUUUAUGUUUUUCAAAGAAUCUGGAGCAGCCGGGUUGUGACAAAGCGCAAAGCAUGGGAGCUCCUGUCGUUGGUGGACCAGAUACAUUCUUGGGGAGUGACAGACCAUCGAGAUUUCGUUAUUCGGCAUCUCAAGGCCUGGCAUGCAUUUGGUAGGUUAUGUUAUAUCAGUGACGCGGAAUUCCUGGCCCAUAAAAUGGCCGUGGAUGGUUUCACAGCUGAGUUCCAGAAACUGAUCGAGGAGUAUGGCAAGCCGGUUGUACCGAUGCAUAGUACGUCUUUGCACCUGGCUGGUUGGGCCAAGUAUUUCACUGGGGAUAUUCAGGACAGGCUUCGGGAAAGGGCUGUAUUUCACUUCAAGGAAGCUGUUCGACAAUAUGCUGGUACCAACAAAGAUGACGGGCCUGUCUUCUUCCACUGCGUGAAAGGGCAAUGUGGCCCAGUGGAAAGUCCGGGCUAUCCCCUGAAAGACAAAGAAGAAUACUUGACUCACCGUCGCGAAGUUCAUGGGGACAAUGAUACAACGAUCGCGAAUCUCGAGUGUGCUCUUGAGGAGCUGGAUAGUAUUUUGGAGGAAGACCGCAAUGAACCAAAGGCAAGGCAGAUGAAGAGAUCGGGUAGCGAAGGGCCUGGGCCUGCCACCAAACGACAUAGGGAUUUGCGUUACGGGGCACAUGAGAUUGACGUCGGGAAAGGGAAAGCUAGAGUUAUUGACCUCACUGAUGAUUAA